CUCUACCCAACCAGGAAAUAAGAGAAGGCUAAGCACAGCAAACAGCAUAGCUUCAGUUGUUGUGGAGAAGUGGAAAGUGACAUUGGACUGAAGAACAGGAGGGGUAUGGAGCAUGGGUACACGCAGUAGCAGCAGUGCAGGAGGAGGUGGAGCUCAGAGGGAUUCUCCGGGAGGCUCCCGCAGCAGCUCAAUAUCCCGUGGACCACAGGAUGAUGACGACGAGGAGAACGUUGACCUGGCGCAGGUAUUGGCGUACCUCCUGCGCAGGGGGCAAGUACGGCUGGUACAGGGGGGAGGCCCUGCCAGUUUACACCUAGUGCAGUCUCUGUCUGACUCUGAUGAUGACAACGACAGUGCAUGGGAGGGCUGCCUAGGGGACCGCUACACACCUCCCGUUGACCCAACUCCAGACACCGCUGUUCUGGAUCAGAGCCAAAUCAGGACGCAAGUUCUUCUAGCUACAGGGAGAUUAGGAGGUCAAAAGGAGCGCAGUAUCACACGCUUAUUAAGGGAGAGAGAAAGGACAGGAUGUGGUUUUUCUAUGGGGGAACGAUCUCGGGUAACAUCCUACUUCCUACCAAAUCAUGUGUGUGCCACAGACUUGUAUACCCAGAAGGCUUUCUGCGGUGUUUACUCCCCUGAUGGGACCAUUUUUAUGUCAGCUUGUCAAGAUCAGAAUAUCCGACUGUACGAUUGUCGUCACGGAGCCUUCAAGAAAUUCCGCACAGUGAAAGCUCGUGAUGUUGGCUGGAGUGUUUUAGAUGUAGCCUUUACCCCUGAUGGAGGGCACUUCAUGUACUCCAGCUGGUCAGACUACAUUCAUGUAUGCAACAUAUAUGGAGAUGCUGAUUCUCAUGUAGCGCUGGAUCUAAGUCCCUCCGAGCGCCGUUUCGCAGUUUUCUCACUCACUGUGUCUUCUGAUGGUCGAGAAGUGCUUGGUGGAGCCAAUGAUGGGUGUGUGUAUGUGUACGACCGUGAGCAAAAUAUCCGAACAUUAAAGAUUUCCUCCCAUGAAGACGAUGUGAAUGCUGUUUCAUUUGCCGAUGACAGUUGUCACAUCCUGUACUCUGGUGGUGAUGAUGCUCUGUGUAAAGUGUGGGACCGCCGAAAUAUGAGAGAGGAUGAUCCAAGGCCAGUGGGGGUGUUAUCUGGACAUCAAGAUGGCAUCACCUUUAUACACAGUAAGGGUGAUGCCCGGUAUCUACUAUCCAAUUCCAAAGAUCAGAGUAUUAAAUUAUGGGAUAUCAGGCGCUUUUCAGGACCAGAGGGCCUGGAGGCCUCCCGUAGAGUAGUGACCCAGCAAAACUGGGAUUAUCGCUGGCAGCAGGUACCCAAAAGAGCUCUCAGGAAAAAAAGACUCCCAGGUGACACAUCUCUAAUGACAUAUCGUGGCCAUGGCGUCCUCCAUACACUGAUUCGAUGUCGCUUUUCACCAGAAUAUAGUACUGGUCAGCAGUAUGUGUACAGUGGUUGCUCCACAGGUCGUGUCGUAGUUUACGACUUAUUAACUGGCCAUAUAGUGACGAAAUUGGCAAAUCACAAAGCAUGUGUGCGAGAUGUCAGCUGGCAUCCUUGUGACAACCGGCUUGUUAGCAGCUCUUGGGAUGGCAGUCUUCGUGUGUGGGAACACCGCCAAACUGAAUUUUACCCAGAAGACCUGCGUACGCCCCCAUUAGAUUCUGAGGGCAGUCCAGCUAGCAGCUCUUCUUCAUGGUAGCCUGGAAAUCUUACUACUAUAAAUAUGUGUAGGGUGAGGGCAGACAGAGUAUGAGUAUUUUCAAUCAGAUGCAACAUAAGAUUCAUGUAAUGGAAGAGGAGCUGUGUAUGUAUGCUAGUUUAUCUUUUCAUUUGGUAGGGGGAUGUAUGGUUCAUAAGCCUUUAUGACUGAGUGACAGAAGUUUAAAGUGACUGCAGGAUUGUAAAAAUCGACAUCCUUUUGUUCUGACAAAAUGGGAGAGUUUUAGGAACUAAUGCCAUGGUGGUAGGGGUUCAUAGUAAGAAAUCAUUCAAAUAUCAAACUAUCUGAUAGUGAAGUGACAGACCACAAAAGGCCUACUUGUUCACACAGGUAACACAAAAUGUAAUUAUCAAUGCUACUGGCUUGUUAUGAGUUUUGCGCUUCUGGAUUCCUUUUAUGUAAUAAAAUUGUUCUAUACCUUUAAA